AGUCACAAUUGUGGAGCUCAACUAAAGAACAGCAAAGCCUCCACCUUUCACUUCCUCCUGAUCAUUGAUCAGUUCAUCACCAAUCACCAUGUCCAAGAAGAUCGUGCUCAAGGUGGAUAUCACCGCCGAGCGGUGCAAGGCCGGCGCCAUGAGCGUCGUCGCCAAGCUCCCAGGUAUCAAAUCGAUGGCGGUGGACGGCGAGAAGGGGACGCUGACCGUGGUGGGGGACGUGGACGUGGUCUGCCUUGCGAGCGCGCUGCGGAAGGCCAAGUUCACGGCGCUCGUCGUCAGCGUCGGGCCUGAGGUGGUGGAGAAGAAGCCCGAGCCGCCGAAGAAGCCUGAAACGCCCAAGCCGGUGCCGCCCUGCUGCUGCUCCGGCCCCGGCCCUGGCAAUGCAUGUUGCUGUCCCCGGCCGAUGCCGCCGUACCCUGGCGCGGCCAUCGUGUGCUACGAGGAGCAGCCCGACGGCCAUUGCAUCAUCCUGUGAUUUUGCAAGCUACUAGCGAACUUUCGUGUUCACUUCUUAUUUUUCUGAACUUCUUUGUAUUCACUUUUUGUCGGUUAUUUUUAUGAAGCUUAUCAUAAAUUAUGAUCAUAUUUGGCACUGGAUUUCCCUUGGUUUCUCUAGGGUGUGAUGCGCUUGUACAUUUGAUCUCAAAAAAUUUGGACGCGGCUAGCUAGCAUGUUUCCAAGCUAGUCUUCCUCGACACACACACACCUAAGAGCAACUCAACAACUUAGGCAGCGUAACAAACAUAGUUUUAGGACAUCGAACACGAGCACGGAGGCUCAGGCCACGCCGACGCGGAGACACGAGAGUUUUAAAACGGGC